GAUGGCAUGGCGUGACAACUGUGGGUAGAGAGAAGAUAAUUCGAGCUGAGCUGAUGGCAGACGGUGCAGAGUUAAGCAGUGUCUUCUUGGUGUAAAAGGAUUUAGGGAAAGGAGGAGGCAAGAACCGGCUUAACAAUAUAAAUAAAAGUUUAAUGACGAAAUAAGCCAAAAGACACAAACACACACAUAGGAUGGUCAGCUGCCCGUAAACUAUCUCUCUCUGUCGCACCACCAUCUGCAGUCGGCCUUUAUCCCUCUCGGAGGCUUGAUUAGCCUGAUAAGGGACCGGGUGUGUAAAAUCACGACUCAGCCCCGCCCUCCGCCCUGUCACAGUGAUGGGGGCAGACAGUGGUCCGGGAGCUCCAUCAGCUGUCCCUUGGCGUAAAGUGCUCUAUGAGCGCCAGCCGUUCCCGGACAAUUACGUGGGCCGUCGUUUUUUGGAGGAGCUCCGGCGCAACAUCAGAGUCCGUCAGUACCGUUACUGGGCAGUAGUGCGAGAAACAGGACUGAUUGCACAGCAGGUGUCUUGCGUUGCUAUCUUUCUCACAUUAUGGUCUUAUAUGGAACAGGGAGAGCUGGUGCCAUCCUCAGUGUUGUGGGCCUGUCUGGCCUGUGCUCUGCUGGGCUACGGACUCUACGAGAUCCUGGGAAGAACAUGUGUUAGAGAGCGUACACGUCUGGCAGAUCUGCAGAGUGCAACCAUCUUCCUGGCUUUCACCUUCGGGUUCUCCCCUGUUUUAAAGACACUGACCGAGUCGGUUAGUACAGAUACUGUAUAUGCCAUGUCGGCCGUGAUGCUCUUGGCUCACUUGGUGUCUUUCCCUUACACACAACCCAGUCCGCCGGGCAGCCUUUCCCUCAACGCAGCCCUUUUUGGGUCUGUGUGCCUGGCGUCCCGGCUUCCUGGUGCCCUGCAUACUUUCACUAUGCUGAGCUGCGCUCUCCUUGUGUUCGCGCUCUGGCCCUGCUUGCUGCAUCGUAUGCGCGAACGGGCAGAGUGGAGCUUCCCGUGGGCAGCAGGUCUGGUGUGUCUCGCUGGAGUUGGGGGUCUGGGUAGCCUGUGGCCUGAGGGGGCACUCCUCCUCUCCCUGGCUCUGUUAACACUAACCUUAAUCUGUCCACUGUUACUAGUUCACCUCCAGAGGCAUAAAGACAAUAUUCAUGGUCCAUGGGACGAGGCAGAGAUCAGAGAGGACCUCUCCCGCUUUCUCAAUUGAAACAGCUUAAGAACUUUAAGACUGUAUGGUUUUUAAACGGUUUUAAAUGUUGCUUUUGACAGAAUUAAGAAGAGGGCUAGUUUUGAGAACUUUUGCACAUUCUCUUAAGCUCAGGGACAAUUAAAAACGGUUCUUUGGAAAUUACAUCUCAGUUUGCCAGUUAAAGAAUGCUUGAUAAACGGUUAAAUGGGUGAAUAUCAUGAAAACGUGUCACAUUUCACCUCAAAAUGAAAAUUAAAAUAAAGACUAAAUUGCAUUUGCAUGAAUCAAAAUGGUCAUGACAAACACAUUUUUCCCAUUCAUUCACAAUGGUGAUUCUCAUUAAUAUAAUCCAGUAAUUAGAAUUUUUUUGCAAUGCAAUUUGUUUUUUGUAUAUUUAACUAAAUAACUAAUUGUGUCCAGGCAGGAUCAUUUUCAUUCCUGUUACAGUAAUGAGAAUUGGUGGAAUUUCACUUGCAUUGUCAUAAUGUCACAAGGCUUCCAUUUCUUUAAAGGAAUAUUCUGGGAUCAAUACAGUUAAUAAAGUUAAGCUCAAUCGCAGGCAUUUGUGGCAUAAUAUAGAUUACCACUAAUAUGAAUUUUCGACUUGUACCUUUUACUUUUUCUUUAAUAAAAAGCACAAAUCUGGGUUACAGUGAGACACUUACAAUGGAAGUCAAUGGAGCCAAUCUGUAAAUAUAAAAAUAUUUUUAAUAAUAGUUAUUAAAAUAACUAUUUUAAACAUAGCCACAAUAUGUAUGGUAAUACGAUGUUAGUGUGAUAACACCAUAAACACUGUAAUUCCAGUAAACAACAAUUUAAACAACUUAAAAGCUCAAAUAACGUGUUUUAACAGAAGAAUUAAUGAAAUUAUAAGCUACACAUUUCUGCCUUUUUUAAACCCUUUCAAAAUUAUAUUUUGUGGUAAUCAACAUUAUGCCGUAAAUGCUUAAGAUGUAUUUUUUUCUUAACAUAAUAUUCCAGGUUCAAUACAAUACAUUUCUUUAUUUUGAUUUUGGGGUGAAAUAUGACUCGGACAUGGUCUUGACAAGUUUCGUGAGAUUGAGAUUGAAGUGGUAAAUAUGGGUAGGAAGCUAUAAACAUUUUUACAGUAUUUAUAUCCAAAUUUGUAUUCCUAAAUUGCUUGAUUAAAAAUGUUUAAAAGAUUUUGGA